CCGAGGUGGGAAGUCUCAAUGUGACCUGUUUUUACGAGCCGGAAACUCUCUAUCACGGCAACUCCAUCACAAAGUGAACGCCGUAUUAUCCAAAACAGUGAGGUGGGCGUGGCUUUAUCGUACUUCACCAGGCACGCACGAAAUUUGAUCUCAGAUCAGAAACAUUGCGCCACCAGAUUCAUCAUCCGGAGUUUGUUAAAUUUUUAUUAGAUAUAAACCUGUGCUCUUUUCCUUCAGGAUUAUGGAUGAGAAAGACCAAGAUGUCGGACCCUUUGAUCCAAGCAUUCCUGAGGAGGGUCCUUCAGUGCCACCUGCAGGCUGGUUGGACAGUGUGACAGGCUAUGAAGACCAUAAAGGUGGAGAUUGCACAGAUCAGAUCUACCCUCCUCCACCUGAUUUUAUUCCUGAGCCUGAGAAUGACAGGAACGCCUCCAUCCCCAAUGUGAUGAUGCCUCAGGUGUCGGAAGAUGUGGCCAGGGAGGCUUUGAUCAAGUUUGUGGGGAAAAAAUGGACGUACAGCAGAAAACCCGCCCAGAACCUGGUCUUCAAGGAUUUGAGGCCUUUUACAGUGUAUCGUUAUCGCUUGGAAACAUUUACAGAGUCCAGAUCAAGUGCCUGGGAGCAUGAACUAUAUACUGGUCAGUAUGUGGACGGGCCACAGUAUGGCAGCAUCCCUCCUCCGUGGCAGGUAGAAGUGCAAUAUCCACCCAAAUUCACUGACACGGUCCAGAAAGUGCGUGUGCCUCACACCUCGUCUGUAAAGUCUUGUCAUCAGUGCCAGGGGACAGGACGUGUGCGCUGUAUCCACUGUCAUAGCAGAGGAUGGAUCAGCUGUAUGUCCUGUCAUGGUGCAAUACACGGCCGGAACAGAAAAUGUGUUGGCUGCCAUGGAAGGGGAAGAAAAGUAUGUACAUGGUGCCAUGGUAGCGGUCAUAAAACAUGCCGCAAGUGUAAUGGCCGUAAAAAGCUUUUGCAUUUCAUUCAGCUCACUGUCACGUGGAAGAACCAAGUGUAUGAGUUCAUACCUGACCGGCUGCCUGAGUUCCCCAUAAAGAAGUUUGAGAAGGUGUCUGGGGAAGCAUUCUUUAUUGAUGAAAGUCUUCUGGUCUAUCCAAUUGUAGGCUUCCCUGACAAGGAAAUCUGCAACGCUUCUGAAGAAGCCAUCCACGAGCACCUGAAUAAAUACUCUGCUGUCAGUCGCAUCUUGCAACAGCGACAGUCAGUAGAGCUGGUGCCUCUUACUCAAGCCUUCUACACCUACAAUGGAAAACACUACGACUAUUUCGUAUACGGGACUGAAAAGAAGGUUCAUACCACUAAAUAUCCGACUUCUUGCACUGUCCUGUAGCAUCUCAUCUUACGAUCCUAUCAAUAAAAUGUGAAAUGAUGGUUAUUUUAUUAUUGUUAAAUACUGCUUGCUGAGCAGUGCAUUACAGAGAUUAUAAUAUAAUGCUUCUGAAGCUCCUUUGUUAUACAUCGGCAUAUUAUCCUACGCAGAAUAUGUGCCAGUGAUUUGUCAGUUACAAGGAUUCUUAUAAUUAACAUAUGAACAAAUGAUUAAACAUUUCUGAUUGUAUAGUGUAGGUCUAUAUUACACAAUAUGUAAGUGUUAAGGAUCUGUAUUUAUAAUCCGUAAAUCAGAAAUUCAGUCUUAUGCCAAGUUGGAUCACUUUAUAUACACACGGUAUACUUUUUUUUCCCAACUGUUUUCAAUUUUGAACAAUAUGUACUAAAUAUUUAUAUACCCAUUUGUAACAGGGCUCUGAAUUGAAAUAAAUUGCACAUGUAUGAAAUUGAACUUUAUUGGACGUGUCUUCUGAUCACUUCAAAGUCUCUUGCUAUAGCCUCUGUAGAUCUCAUUUGAAGCUACUUAAUAAUGUUAAACACU